GAUCCCUGCCCCUUCCUCCCCCUUCCUCCUCCUUCCUCCUUCUCCCUCUCUUGCCUCCAGGUCUCCCAGCCGGCGGCGGCAGAGAGGGAUUUUUCGACCCGUGUUGCAGAUGCGGGGAGCUGGGCUGCAGAGUGCAAAGACACACCGGUAGUCCUCGCGGGAAGUUGCGGGAAAGGAGCUAAAUUAAAGAAGAACCAAACGCAAUUGGCAAAAAGAGUUGUGGGUUUGUUGUCGAGCGGUGAAAUCUAGAUUUGAAUAAAGUUAACUUUGUGUCGUGUCGCCCGCGGUGGACAUGGGCUCCCGGCGGACACUCGGGGCCGGCCGGACGGCGCUGCUCCUGGCGGGGCUGCUCGUGGCUCUGUGGCACCGCUGCUCCGCGGGUUGCCCGGAGAGAGACCUGGAGAACAGGGAAGAGGAGGCCAACAUAGUUUUGACCGGCACCGUGGACGAAAUAAUCAACCUGGACCCGGUGCACAAUACGUACUCUUGCAAGGUCAGGGUGUGGCGCUACUUGAAAGGGAAGUCCAACGUCAACCAGGAAAUUCUCCUGGACGGCGGCAACAAGCUGAUGAUCGGCGGGUUCGGCAACCCCGGGAUCUGCGACAACCAGGUGGCCACGGGCGACACGCGCAUAUUCUUCCUCAACCCUGCUCUGGAGGCCAUGGGGCCGGAACACAAGAACGAACUCAUGCUCAACUCGAGUCUGAUGAGGAUUACCCUGCGCAACCUGGAGGACGUAGAGCACUGCGUGGAAGGACACAAAUAUAUAAAUGCAGACAAGCCCCCUCACUUCACGCCGCCCCAGCCUCCUGACGGCUGCAGGGGGAUGCUGUGUGGCUUCGGCGCUGUAUGUCAGAUCGACCAAGCCGACCCGGUCCAGUCUAAGUGUGUUUGCAAGAGAGUGGACUGCCCGUCCUUGGUGGCGCCCGUGUGCGGCUCGGAUUCCUCCACCUACUCCAACGAGUGCGAGCUGGAGAAAGCCCAGUGCAACGCGCAGCGACGCAUCAAGGUUCUGCGCCAGGGGCCGUGCUCUCUCAAGGACCCCUGCACCGACGUGGCCUGCAGCUACGGCAGCACCUGCAUCCAGUCGUCGGACGGCCUGUCGGCGAAAUGCAUGUGCCCCCUGAGCUGCGAGGGCAAGCGCGAGCAGACGGUGUGCGGCAGCGACGGAGAGGACUACCGCAACGAGUGCCUGCUCCACCGGCACGCCUGCAAGAACCAGAAGAACAUACGGGUGCAGUACCCGGGGUCCUGCGACCCGUGCAAAGAGAGCGAAAACAACCUGAACACGAUGUGCCGGGUGGGGGCUCUCACCCGCCAGACCAUCGUCUUCCGGCCCCCGGAGAUGUGCCCCCCGGGGAACGAGCCUCUGUGCGCCAGCGACGGGCAGACCUACAGCAGCGUCUGCGCCCUGGAGGCAACGGCAUUGCAGAAAGGCGUCAAGCUGAGGAAGAUCCACGCGGGGCCGUGCAAACGGCUGGAGCGCUGUCAGGCGGCGUGCCCCUUCAACGGCGUGUGCGUGGUGGAGCAGCAGAGCGCCCGCUGCUCCUGCGACCCCAUCGAGUGCGACGGCACCUACAAGCCCGUGUGCGGCAAGGACGGCCGCACCUACACCAACGACUGCGCCCGGCGCAGGGCGGAGUGCCUGGGCCGGCUCCUCAUCGCCGUCAAGCACCCGGGGCCCUGUGAUCUCAGCAUACCGAGCCCCUGCCUGGGCAAGGAGUGCGAUCACGGGGCGGUGUGCGUGGUGAAGAACGGCGAGCCGGUGUGCGAGUGCCCCGAGGCGUGCCCCCAGACCUCCGACCCCGUGUGCGGCUCCGACGGCCACAGCUACGGCAGCCCCUGCGAGAUGCGGGCGAUGGGCUGUGCCCUGCAGAGGGCCAUUCAAAUCCAACACAAAGGGCCCUGUGACGAGGCUUGUGCCAACUGCUCUUUCGGGGCGAUCUGCGACGCCCAGAGCGGCCAGUGCGUGUGCGCGUCGGAGUGCGUGGAUUCCCACCAGCCCGUGUGCGGCAGCGACGGCAGCACCUACGACAGCGAGUGUGAGCUGCACGUGCGGUCCUGCAAACAGCAGAUGGAGCUCCGGGUGGUCAGCCAGGGAGAGUGCAAAACAUGCGGCAGCACAGUUUGUGCCUGGGGGGCCAUCUGCGUCAGGAGCAAGUGCGAGUGCGCGCAGUGCUCUGGCGAGGGCCUUGCCCCGGUGUGCGGGAGCGACGGCGUCACCUACAAAAACGAGUGUGAACUCCGCACGUCCUCCUGCGUGCAGAAGAGUAGAAUCGAUGUGGCGAAACCCGGCAGCUGUGACGAAGACUGUGGCUCCGGGGGGUCGGGCUCGGGCGCGGAGAGCUGUGAACAGGACCGCUGCCGCACGUUCGGCGGCUCGUGGGACGAGGACGCGGAGGACGACCGCUGCGUCUGUGACUUCUCCUGUCAAAGUGUGCCUCUCAACCCGGUUUGUGGCUCAGAUGGAAAAAAUUACAGCAACGAGUGCCACUUGAAGAAGGCCAGAUGUGAGAAACAAGAGCACUUGAUGAUUCAGAAUCAGGGACCCUGUGCAGCGAUCUCGUCGACGUCCCCCCCCGCGACGACGCCCCCCCAGCACUGCAGUCAGUCUGUGUACGGCUGCUGCCACGACAACGUGACGGCUGCCUUAGGAGUCGGACUGGCUGGAUGUCCCAGCACCUGUCAGUGCAACGUCCACGGCUCCUACAAAGGGACGUGCGACCCGUCCUCGGGCCAGUGCUCCUGUAAGCCGGGCGUCGGGGGACAGAAGUGCGACCGCUGCGAGCCGGGCUUCUGGAACUUCCGUGGCAUUGUGACGGAGAACAUGAGCGGCUGCACGCCGUGUAACUGCGACGCCACAGGCUCUGUCCGGGACGACUGCGAGCAGAUGUCGGGUCUGUGUUCCUGCAAGACAGGCGUGAAGGGCAUGAAGUGCAACGUGUGUCCCGAUGGCUGUGACAAAGGUUCCGAGGCCCCGACUUCAUGCGACAAGUUGACGUGCAGUUUUGGAGCCACUUGCACGGAGGUGAGCGGCCAGGCGCACUGCGAGUGCCCGCCGCCCGACUGCGACGACAAAAACAAAACCCAGGUGUGCGGCUCGGACGGGGUGACCUACGCCGACCAGUGCCAGCUGAGGACCAUCGCCUGCAGGGUGAGGGGGGACAUCACGGUGCAACACUUUGGACGGUGCACAGAUAUCAUCUCUGAGCCGGCAGACCGACCCACCCCCAAACCCCCCGCCACCACCACCGCCGCCGCCACCAUCACCACCCCGGCUCCAUUCUCCCCAAACCAGGUGUUCGCCAUGCCGCCUCCACGGACCAACGAUCCGGAGCCCCCCCGGCGGCCCCCGCCCACCGCCCACUCUACCACCCUCAUGCACAACCGAACAAAGCCCAUCCAAACCAUCCAAACCGGCCACUCCUCCCGCAGAACCCCCGUCCGCGUUGCCUCAUCCUCCGAGGGCUCGGGCAGCGGGGAGCCGAGCGGGGACGACCAGACCGAAGAGGAGGAGGAGGAGCAGGAGGAGGAAGCAGGUAGCGGCAUCCCGACGGAGGCCAGUGGAGCAGAGGAGACUGUCGGCUCCACGCUGGCCAGCACCACUGCACCCACCGCCGAGGAACGCUCGUCCUGCGACAACGGCGAGUUCGGCUGCUGCCCCGACGGCAAGACGCCGUCCAGCACUCCAGAGGGCGCCAACUGCCCCUCCACCAUGAAGUUCAGCGGUUUCCUGCAUUUGGACCAAGUGGAGGGCCAGGAGAUCUUCUACACCCGGGAGAUGGAGGACCCCAAAUCGGAGCUGUUUGGAGAGACGGCGCGGAGCAUAGAGGGGGCUCUCAAUGAGUUGUUCAGGAAGUCGGCGGCGCACAAAGACUUUAUGAGCGUUCGUGUCCGGAACCUGGCCCCCAGCAACUCCAUCCUGGCCUUUGUGGAGGCCCACUUCAACCCAGAUACGAGGCUGACGGUGGAGGACAUUGAAGGAGCCCUGCUGAAGCAGCUGAAGGCCUCCAGAGAGAGCGGCAUCGCCGUGAAGAAGCCCGAGGACGAGAAUAUUCGCUUCACCAAUUAUGGCCUCUCCUCCGUCCCCUUCUUCACCACCACCUCCACCACCACCACGGCGUCAGUCACCACAGCCGCUCCCGCCACCACCACCACCACCGCCGCCCCCAGGCCCCCCACAACGACCAGGCCCCCGCCGACCUCCAUGUACAUCACCCGUCGCCCGCCCGGCACCACCCGCCGGCCCAACAGCGGUAGGCGCAUCACCACCACCACCACCUCCGCACCGGUCACCACACCAGCACCGACCACCAGCACCACCGCAGUGGUGACCUCGACCGAGCCCCACCCGGCAACCACUGCUGCUCACGUCAGGGGCCGGCCUUCCCACAAGGCGGCGAAGCCCUGCAGCUCCCACCCGUGCCUCCACGGGGGCACCUGCGAGGACGACGGCAACGACUUCAGCUGCCAGUGCCCCGCCGGCCGAGGAGGCUCCGUGUGCGAGAAGGUGAUCAGAUACUUCAUCCCGUCCUUCGGGGGCCAGUCGUACCUGGCUUUCCCAACCAUGAGCGCCUAUCACCCCGUCCGCAUCCCCAUGGAGUUCAGAGCGUCCGAGACGCCCGGCGUUUUGCUUUACAACGGCCAGACGGGCAAGAAGGACUUCAUCUCUCUGGCUUUGGUCAACGGCAAGGUGGAGCUCAGGUUCAACACGGGUUCGGGCACAGGCACGGUGGCCAGCAAAGUACAGAUCCACCAGGGCCGCUGGCAUCAGCUGGUGCUGACCCGCAAGCGGCGCAGCGCGAGGCUGAGCGUGGACAACGAGCCCUACAUCGAGGGCGAGAGCCCGCAAGGCACCGACGGCCUGAACCUCGACACCGACCUGUUCAUCGGCGGCGUGCCGGAGGAAAUGAAGCAGGACGUGAGUGAGAGGACGGCGGUGGGUACGGGACUAGUGGGCUGCAUCCGCGUGCUGGAUGUCAACAACCGGAAGCUCAACCUGCAGGAGAGCGGCGGCGACAGCAUGUACGGCAGCGGCGUGGGCGAAUGCGGCAACAACCCCUGCCAGCCGAAUCCCUGCAAGAACGGCGCCGCGUGCCUGGUCAAGGAGGCGGAGAUGUUCCACUGCAAGUGCAGCAAAGGAUUCUGGGGUCCAACGUGUGCUGACGUCCAUGACCCCUGCGAGCCCAACAGGUGCCACCCGUCCUCCCAGUGCCAGGCGCUGCCCGAGGGGGGCUACAAAUGCGAGUGUCCCAUGGGGCGUGAAGGGAGGCACUGCGAGACAGUGGCUGAGGGGAGGGGGCCUUACAUGCCGCUAUUCAACGGAGACUCCUACCUGGAGCUGAAGGGGCUCCAUCUCUACGGGCAGGAUCUGCGUCAAAAGGUGAGCAUGACCGUGGUCCUCAUGGCCAACGACUCCAACGGUCUGAUCUUCUACAACGGGCAAAAAUCAGACGGGAGGGGAGACUUCAUCUCGCUGUCCCUCAACGACGGCAUCCUGGAGUUCCGCUACGACCUGGGAAAGGGGCCCGCUACCAUCAGGAGUUUGAAAAGACUGCAGCUGAACGUGUGGAACACCAUCAACCUGGAGCGCUCCAACCGCAAAGGGGAGAUCACGGUGAACAGGAAGGACCCUGUCCGAGGGGAGGCGCCGAAAUCACGCAAGAACCUGCACGUAGAUCUUAACCUGAAAGAGUCUCUUUUUGUUGGCGGAGCCCCCGAUUACAGCCGACUAGCACGAGUGGCGGCUCUCACGGAGGGCUUCAAGGGAACGAUCCAAGAGAUCAUCCUCAUGGGGACCCCCAUCCUCAGGGAGGAGAACGCCCUGCGCUCCAGCAGCGUGGCCAUGUUCCAGGACCACCCGUGCUCCCAGGAGCCCUGCCACAACGGCGGCCUGUGCAAACCCACGCUGCACACCUACGAGUGCCUCUGCCUCAACGGGUUCAGGGGCGAGCGCUGUCAGAACCCCGUCUACGAGAAGGCCGCCGGAGAGGCCGAGGCCAUUGCCUUUGACGGGCGGACGUUCAUCGAGUACCACAACGCCGUUACGAAGAGCCAACUGACCAAUGAGAUCCCGGAUCCCGAGUCUCUGGAGAACCCAUCUGACCAGAGUGAGAAGGCUCUGCUGGUGAACAAGUUCGAGCUGAGCAUCCGGACGGAGACGACCCAGGGCCUGGUGCUGUGGAGCGGGAAGGGCGUGGAGCGCUCCGACUACAUCGCCCUGGCCAUCGUGGACGGACACGUGCAGAUGACCUACGACCUCGGCUCCAAGCCGGUGGUGCUGCGGUCCUCGGUGCGGGUCGACACCAACCGCUGGAUACGCAUCAAGGCCAGCAGGGCGCUCAGAGACGGCUCCCUGCAGGUCGGCAACGAGGCGGCGGUGACGGGGUCGUCGCCUUUGGCAGCAACGCAGCUGGACACGGACGGAGCGCUGUGGUUGGGUGGUCUGGAGGAGCUGGCGGUGGCCCGGCGGUUGCCCAAGGCCUACAGCACCAGCUUUGUCGGCUGCAUCAAGGAUGUGGUGGUGGACGGCGUGGAGCUCCACCUGGUGGAAGACGCCUUGAACAGCCCCCAAAUAUUACACUGCUCCGCCGCCAAAUAAGAGACAGAAUAUUGAGAGAGAAAAAA